AUGAAGCUGCUGAUUGUUCUCGGAAUUGUAGCAUUGUUGGGAGCAGUGCACGCUGGAUACGAGACCAAACCAAAGAUUGCAUAUAAGCGAGCUAUCCUCGGAGGAUACGGAGGAUACGGCUACGGUGGAUUAGGGUAUGGGCUAGGUCUGGGCGGGUAUGCCGGUUCUGUCUUAGGAUCAGACAUAUUACCAGCGAUAGGACCUUCCCUUGGACCAGCUAUAGGUGGCCCGAUCAUAGGUCCUUCAAUAGCUCCAGCUCUAGCAGCGCCGUCUAUCUCAUUGGCACCCACGAUAACUAGAAAUAUCCACACUCACUCAACGAUUUCUCAGCCGGUACCGGUACCGGUGCCAACACCGGUAGCUGUUCCCGUUACGCGGCACGUAGCCGUUCCAGUUCAGGUACCCGUUCCGGUUCCCGUUGAUAGGCCCGUCCCACACCCGGUCGCAGUACCGGUCUCGGUGCCCCGUCCCUAUCCAGUGCAUGUUCCCGUGGACAGGCCUGUGGCUGUUCCGGUGCCGCAGCCCUAUCCGGUUACUGUUACAAGUCUGAUUUCCUAG